AUGAGUAUUCGGAUAAAUGCGACGGUGCAAGAGGCCCGAACAGCUGCAAACCACAGCCAGGAACAAUGGGACCGAUUCUACUUCAUAACCAAAGACGAGGCCAGGCAGCUUGCGGAGGCGCACCCUGACUGGAAAAGAUGGAUCCUCAUCCCCGCGAACGAGAAAGAACAAAUGCUGGAGAGGAUCAACACCCGCCUUCGAGCUGAGGGUAUUCCACCUGUCGAGAUGAUAAUUUUGAAAUGGCGGGUGUCGCAACUGCUCCGAGACAUCCAACGGAAAUACGGUAUGUGCAUUGGUGCCCGACUCUGGUGA